UGUUUUCUGUGUCAGUCAACUUUCGUUUUAUUGGAAAGGUAUGAUUGGGUCCAGAUGCUAAUAUGAAAGCACAACUACAAGAUACAAGGUCCCUUCCCCGUUCCUGUAUUUGGAAACUUGUUGACCUACAUCAUGGCCCCUGGUGCCGAUCAUCAGCGUAAACGGAUUGAAAAGUAUGGAGAUGUUUUCGGAGGACACUUAGGCACAAUGAAGACCCUGAACGUUGCCAACAUUGAGUUGCUGAAGAAAAUCAUGAUCAAGGACUACGUAGAGUUCCAAAACCGAUAUGUUUUCCAAGGUGUGUCCGAUCCUCCACCUGUAGAUAAAACAUUGUUAACGCUGGAAGUUGAAGCGUGGAAACGAGUGAGACGCAUUAUUACCCCCAGCUUUAGUGCCGGAAAAUUGAAACAGAUGACCAAACAGAUGAAUUCCUGCGCUGAACUGCUCGUUGCUGGCGUUCUAGAAAAGGCAAACUCAAGGGCUGUCAUAGAUCCAAGAGUGUAAAUCAAAUUUAACUACUUAUAAAUAUGAAAACAUGCAAUUUGAGAUACGUUUGCAUAAAUUCAUUUAGCUCGAUGUGACUGCAUAAAAAUGUCUUGCCCAUAGCACCAGAUAAUGAAAUAAACAUAUAAAGAACAAUACAUGUCGUUUUAAUUUUAUUUAUUUUUAUAUUUGUUUUUAUUUAUUUGAUUUAAGAGCUUAUAUCAUCAAUUGCAGACAUUUUGGCUGCUACACCAUGGACGUUAUCGCCAGUAACGCUUUUUGGAAUAUUCACAAACGCCUUCAAUAACCCCGACGACCCGUUUAUUUAGCACGCGAAAAAAUUAUUUUCUACGCCAUCCUUCAAUUCAUUUUUUACUUUGCAUGUGUAAUAUUUGUUUGAAUACCUAUAAUUAUUAAUAUUCUACUAACAAAUCUUCCUCCGUAUGAUCCAAGCUCAUCUGUUAAUGCACGAUAGCAUUGUUUGUGUAUUUAAGUUUGAAAUGUUAUGAUAAAGUCGUAUGAGUUUAACUUUAUUCGUAUAUAGUGAAGGGAAAUACUAUUUCAAUGAAACAAACAAAAUAUAUCUAUUUACCUGUAUAAUUUCAGAAAAUGGUCUGUUAUUAAUUGACAGUAGUUGUUGAUCCAUGAUAUUGAAUUCUAUUUGUGUUUUAUUCUGUGUUGUUCUUGGUUGAUCUUUGUUGUAAUUAACAUUUAUAUAUUUCAGUUUUGUUCCCGCGCAUUAUGAUUCCAAUCACAAACCUGUUUAAGUAUAGUGCUUACUACCCGCAAGAUUCCCUGGACUUUUUCCGUGACGUUUCAGCUAAAAUUAUUGAACAACGAAAAAAAUAUUCAGACGCAAGCCGAGUGGAUUUGCUCCAACUGAUGCUUAAUGCGGAACUUCAGGAUGAUGAAAACGAGACCAAGGCCACGAAAAGAUUGUCUGUGGAGGAAUUGGCCAGAUGUUAAUAGUGAUUGUUGCCGGAUACGAAACCACCUCCUCCCUUCUGCAGUAUGUGGCUUACGUCUUGGCAACAAACCCUGACGUACAGGAUAAACAUUUAGCCCAGAUAGACAACUGUAUCUCUGAAGAUGUCUCGGAGCUAAUGUAUGACGUGAUUCAGGAUAUGCCCUACCUUGACCAAGUUAUCAACGAGACAUUGAGAAUGUAUCCACCACUUGCAGCGACGAACAGGACGACCAGCCAUCACAAGGACGUUUUGUUGGAUGGCUAUUGGUUUCCUGCCAACACACUGAUCCAGUACAGCAUUUACAUGAUUCAUCAUGACCCUCAACUUUAUCCAGAACCAGACAAGUUUAUACCGGAAAGGUUUCUCCCUGAAGAGAAGGCAAAACGUGACCCUUUCACCUUCAUACCGUUCGGACUUCGUAAUUGUAUUGACAUGCGGCUUGCUCUCCUCGAGGCGAAAAUCGCCCUGGUGGCCACCUUAAGGAAGGUCAAGUUCGUCCAGGUCCCAGAAACUGAGGUGCCCUUGGAAGUGAUCACUUAUGAGCCGUUCCUGCGACCCGCCAGGCCAGUCAAAGUUGGGGUGGAGAGACGGUAUUAGGCCUAAAAUUGACAGUUAAUAGCACACGAGGCGUUUAAUAAAUGAGUCGUCAUAUUUAUGUUAUGUAGAGUCAGUGAACAUACAAGUGGAAACAAUUGAAAGUAGUCUAUUUUUAAAAUAAUAUUUCAUAUUUUACACCUCCGUUGUAAAACUUGCAAUAAUCGCUUGAACGGCAUGUAAAGCCAACAUAGUCGAAACAUUUUCAAUUGAACAUUGGCUCUGGUAGUUGAAUAUUUGCGCGGAGUAGUAGUAAGUCGUACAUUAUGUCAAUUAAAUGAUUUUUAACCGUUGUAAGAGGCGUGUAUAUCACAACAAGAUAUUUUGCAAAUGUAUGUAAAGGUGUGAAUGUUGUCGUUCUCUUAAGAUUGUUAUACAACAUUGAAUGCCUUUGAUAUCCAAUCCUAUAAUCGUUCAUUUGUAUACUCGUGUUCAUUGGUAUACUCGAAUGUAGUGAGUAUGACAAGUUUUUAGUUUCAUUAUUUUAUCAUUGUAUGUGUUGUCUCUUUUCAUGGUGACCUGUUUAAGCUUGAAAGUAUAUACAAUAAAUAA